CCCCUGAAAGUCAAUAUUAACGAAGAGAUUGGCUUGGGGGUGAAAGGAGUCCUGGAGAAGGUGGAACAAGAGGAUGGCAUGAAAGCCAUAUUUCUCUCCUCCCACCAGGCAGUUGUCGACGAGAUUGAGUCACAACUCACAAUGUUUAGACAGAAGAAAGAUAUGGGUAUGGGUAAUAUGUUUGGUGCUCAUGAAGUGAGGGACAGCAUGAAGAAACGAGAGGAGAUGGAAGUAAUAGAAAAAUACCUGUUAAAACACCUAGAUAAGGCAUUACAAACGGACUCUGAUAUAAAGAAUGACCGUGAGCAGGCUGUGUCCUGGGCUCUCUCUACAUUCCUUCGAUAUGUGGGCUACAACAAACAUAACUCCAGCCUGGACAAGGUACCCAGCUUUGUCUGCCGCGACAGGAAGGGCAUCCGCCUCUCCAGCAAACCUACUAAACGGCCACAUAGAGGCCAUAACUUUGAGCCGACCCAUUACUUUAAGGUAGAGACAUGUAUGUACUGUAAAGCUGUGAUAUGGGGUGUGGGCUACCAGGGAUAUUUCUGUAAAAAUUGUGAACAGAAUAUACAUACACGGUGUAUAGACAAACUAGAGGACAACUGUAAAAAGAAAGACAAAGACAAGACUAGACCAUUAUCUAAUAUAUUCAAAGGGAAAGGUGAGUCUACCUUCGUCAUUACUGGAUUUCUUCUCGUUACAGAAUGUUCCUAUCCUU